UCUAAUCAGGCGGUGUGACCGGAAACCAGUGAGUGCAGAUUGAGUUGGAAUACAGAUUAGUAUGCAGCACCUCCUUUUAAAUAUCGACGUUUAUUUAAUUUCUCCAGUAUCCGGAUGAAGUCUGGCUGGGUGUUUUGAAGCUGUUGUGGCCGCGCUGUGCAGAGAUGGGAGUUACCUGUGUGUGUCAGGUGCCGGUGGCGGAGGGGAAGAGUGUGCAGCAGACGGUGGAUCAGCUGCAUAAGAAGCUGGAGCAGCUGGGAGGAGUGAAGCAGGGCAGCUUCUUUGUGGACUGUGAGACGUAUCACACCACAGGGAACGCCAGCGGUCAGCCCUCUAAGCUGCUGUAUGUGAUGCAUAACUCGGAGACUCCGCUGAGCUGCCUGGCUCUGUACGAGGGGGGGCCGUACCUGACUGCAGAUGCUAAUUUCGACGUCCUGAUGGUGAAGCUGAAGAGCCACUUCCAGAACGCUAAAGGUCACAAGGUCGAGAGCCGCGGUGCACGCUACCGAUACUGUGACUUCCUGGUGAAGGUUGGCACGGUGACCAUGAGCUCCAGCGCCAGGGGGAUUUCUGUGGAGGUGGAGUACUGUGCGUGUGUUGUUCCCGGAGACUGCUGGAACUUAAUGAAGGAGUUUAUGCAGAGCUUUCUGGGCUCGAACGCUCCAGAGAUCCCGUCCGUCUUCACUAGUAAACCUGAGGGUCUGUUCGCUCCGGCCGACUGCAUGGACACCAUGAGCCAGUACCUGGAGCUGUUCAGCAAAGUCCGUAAACAGCAGGUUCUCCCCGGGAGCAGCGUCCGAUAACCUGUACUCAACCACAGACUGAACCCGCACAUCCAGCGUGGCGUACAGAUGGCCUUCAGACACGUACAGCCUGUGUUUAAGCUUUAGUGUGGCUGUAUGACCGAAAUCCAGACUGGGAAAAGAAGCUACAGGUGGAUAACCUCAAGACCAUACCAGGAAUUACACAGAAAUUACAUUUCUACAUUUUUGUGUUUAUUGACUUUACUUGUCUUUAGUUUGUGAAUUUACUUUAAUUGUCGUCAGUCUGUAGUAUAAAAUCAUUUUUAUUCAGCAUACUGAUUUAUUUUUAUUUUUAAUUUUUGGGGGUAAUAAAUGUUUCCUAAAUACUGCUAAAAUAAAACAGUGUUUUUUUUGGUA